CUAGUCCUCAUGAAUCGCGUGGUAGCUGCCACACCGCAACAAAUUCAUUAGAUUUACACUUGUUUAAAAAAUAUUUUUUUACAAAUUGUGUAGCACUUGAUGUUACAUACAUUUUGAGGGCUCUGUCGAUUUGCAUGCGUCUUAUCGCAUUUUAGCCGUUUAUUUUUUAUAUAUUAGUUUAAUAGGUGUGGUCGUAAUUGUAGGUUUAGUGUGAUUUUAAAAUCAGCUGGUUCGCUAGUCCGCAGCCAACUUCAUGGGCUGGAUGGGAUAGGUUAUUUGACAUAUGUCAGAUUCUUGAUUAACAGAUUAAAGUGAUUAGGCCGAGAGUCGAUCCGCUUAAUAACUUUGUGCGAUCUUCGUAGCGUUACAAUAAUAACCAAAUGAAAAUGCUUUGUUAACGAUGCGUUUGAAAGGAAAAAACAACAACAAGUCUUUCAACAGCGUCUACAAGGUGCUGUCCCGUAUAUGUCGAGCUGUUGAUAAAGGGCAACUCGAUGGUUUCAUGGCUGAUGGUUCGGUGCCUCCACUGAAAAGUGGCCACAAUUCUAAAACCAUGGGAUUUGUGGCUCAGCCCAUGAAGCAGGUGGCAGAUUCUUCUAGUACGUUGUGUGCUGUGGGACAAUAUGCGCCCAAAGUUUUGAAAAAUCUAAACACUCAGAGACUGAAAAAUCAAUUCAGCGAUGUUGGCUUAGUUGCCGGGGAAAGCAUCAUCAGAGCUCACAGAUCGGUUCUAGCUGCCGGUAGUGCAUAUUUUAAUGCAAUGUUCACGGGAGGUCUAGUUGAAGAGCAACAGGAAUUAGUUGAGAUUCAUUCGAUAUCAGCUAAGAUUCUGUCACUACUCAUAGAUUUUAUAUACACUGGAAAUGUAGAAAUCACCCAAGACAAUGUUCAAGAAUUGUUUGCUGCUGCAGAUAUGCUUGAAUUAGACGAGGUUGUUUCAGGUUGUAUCACUUACCUGCAACAACAACUCCACUCCAGCAAUGCCCUUGGAAUUUAUAGAUUUGCUGAAGCACACAAUACACCUAACUUGCUGAUGACUGCCUUACGCUUUAUUGAAAUAAAUUUUCCCCAAGUAUCAGAAGAAGAGGAGUUCCUAGAUCUUCCAAAAGAACAACUAGUAAAAUUCAUCUCUAGUGAAUAUAUUCACAUUGACACCGAAUUCCAGGUUUUUCAAGCAGCGCACAAUUGGAUCGCUCAUGAUAUACCAGGGAGACGUUGUUAUGUAUUUGAGGUGCUGCGUCACGUAAGGCUGCGUCUAUGUUCAGUAGCACGUUUAGAAAGAGUGAUUUUAGACAGCAAAGAUGCAAGUCUAAACGUUGCCCUACGAUCUGUAUUAAAAGAUCUAAUAACCAACAAGGGGUGUCUGGUACCUCUUCAUGAACAACCUAGACUCUGUGCAAAGAAAAAUAUUUUAGUAAUUGGUGGUUCAAAGCGAGAACCUUCCGCCGAUAGUUGGGGAAGAUCUGCAGAAAGUACUUAUGAAACUAUUGAAAAAUUCGACACAUUUACUGGAGAAUGGAGCGAAGUGGCACCCAUUGGUAUAGGAAGAAUAUUACCUGGCACAGCAUUACUGGAUGGCAAAGUAUACGUUGUAGGUGGUGAAUUGGAAUCAUGCAUAAUAGCAAAUGGCGAAUGUUACGAUCCUCGAGACAACGUUUGGACCUCUAUUGCCUGUAUGAUAGAACCACGCUGUGAAUUCGGUCUCUGCGCUAUAGACAAUAGUUUGUAUGCGUUUGGUGGGUGGGUUGGCGAAGACAUUGGUGGCUCUAUCGAGACAUAUGACCCAAUCGCAAAUACCUGGACUGUACACGGAGAGCUUCCAGAACCUCGUUUCAGCAUGGGUGUUGUCGCGUACGAAGGCUUGAUCUACAUUGUUGGCGGUUGUACCCAUAUCAGCCGACAUCGUCAGGAUGUAAUGGCCUAUAAUCCAGUGACAAGAGAAUGGAGUUUUCUCGCACCGAUGUUGACUCCUCGUAUGCAAAUGGGUAUCGCUAUACUUGAUGGUUACAUUUACGUUGUUGGUGGGAUCAAUAAAAAUCAGGAGGUCUUGACAUCUGUUGAAAGAUAUUCAUUUGAAAAGAACAAAUGGUCUACAGUUGCUCCAAUGAAUGUCGGGCGUGCAUAUCCCGCAGUAGCUGCAGCCGACGGUCGGUUGUAUGUGAUAGGGGGAGACCAAUCGCGUGAGAUAAAUUUUUAUCGAACUCAAAUAACAAUUUCCACAGUUGAAUGUUACGAUCCUCAUUCUAACGUAUGGCAUGAAUGUGCCUCUCUGCCGACGAGCAGGGGUGAGGCCGCAGCGAUAAUUGCACCCUUCUGAUUAUGAUUUAAUGCCUGUUCUACUCGGUUUGUGUAUUCAAAACUUUUGGGCUAUUAUGCAGACUUAGUUGAGUGGGCUUUCUUUGGAAGAUAUAACCGCCCAAAACAAAAAUAUCUUUGUGAUUCUUAACGGUCAUGAGACUUGCUUCAUCCAACCAUAUUUGGUAUUGUGUGCUAAACAGGCAGAAAAGCAAUUUUUAUUUUUUGUCAGGUGGAUGUUGUAAGUAAAUCUUCAUAAGGUACAUAAGAUUAGCGCUUUCCUACAUGCGACUCUGUACUUCUAUAUUUCUAUAUUAUACAUACAUAUGUAUACAUACAAUAUACCGUAGUCACGUCAGUUUGUGAUAUUUUUCAUUACACAUGUGAAUUGGUAACUCUUUUCAGGGUAAUAUGCUCUUUUGCAUUUUAUAUUCAGAGAUCACAUAAGUAGAAAUUGAAAUCCGUUUGAAAAGGUGUUAACUGCAUCGGACAUUUCUAUUGAUUGUUAUUCUUAAGAUCCCUAACAUCUAUUGAUGGUCCCUAUUAAUUGUGAAAAUUCGUGCAAGUCAAAUGCUUUGUCGAUAUUUGUCUUUCACACACAAAAACCUUGUUAUCCUACCUUUGCUAAUUUGGAAAUUUGCGACUUAAACAGGUGAAUAAAAAACAGAUCUCUUGUUGCUUAAGGUGGUUCUUUCGGUGUGACGUUAUAGUUGUAACAGAUUUGCCUAAUGUUAUGUGGAUAGCAUCCUUAUAACGCUUGCUUAUAUUCAUUGACCUUGAAUAUCAUGGUUCUAUGACUUGUUGCAUAUAGAAAGAGAGAUGGUAAUAUUCUAAAUAUUUUGUGAACUUUCUGUUCGGAAUUUUCGGCAAAUGAUGUUAAAUCUAUAUUCAUAGUCCAACUAUGGUCAAAGGCAUCACAAAAAUAUAGUAGUCGAUAAAACUUUGAAAAUCAUUGCAUGCAAGAAAUAUUCAGGGGUACUGGGAUGGAAUUGCUUGCGAAAAUAAAUAAAUCUUAGAAAAUAAAUGAUAUUCAUAUUGAAGGUGCGCCCAGAGUGUAAAAUAUCAAAAAUCACGGGAUUUUUUUGCAGGGAAUAACGUAUAUUUUCUCUUUUUGAAAAUUAUUUGAACUAGUACGUAGAUAUAAUGAAGAGGGUAACUUGUGCAAGAGAGGUUUUGUUUUACUUAUGUGCUGCAAUAAUCUCAUCCGAUAGGAUAUUGCCAUUUUCAUAUGUGCAAUUUUAUAUGUAUAAUCAUGAAAACCUUCAUAAUUAUAGUAAGAUAAUUUUAAUUAUGUGGAGAGUAUGAAAUAUUAUUCCCUUUUAUCUACUGUAAUAAUGAACUUUGCGAGUGACUGGUAAUUUUUAACACUUAUAUUGUUGCCAGUACUUCCGUUGAAACGGUUUAAAAAUUAGUAAUUAUUUAUUGGAGUUGUGCGCUGCAUUAUUUUAAUCUGGAAAAAUUAACACAUGAAAUAAAUCUAUCAAUGAAAUAUCUCAAUUUCCAACUUGAAAAAAAAAAAAAAAAUUAAAAUUAAAGGCUAUUGUAUAAUAUCAGAAUUCAUAUAUCCCUUGUUAAGUCAAUUGACGAAAUUCUUCACUUAUCGAAAUUGUUUUCUCUAUCUGAAAUCAUAAUUCAUCAUCGCAUGUGGAAUAUUAUCAUAAAAUUGACAACCAUCUGUGAUAGUGAAGUAUUAUUCAAUGAUAUUAUUACGUUUUAUUGUCGUUCAAUUCAUAAAGAAAAAAUAAAAUGUACACAUGGUAUCGAAGGGAUAUUUAGGUAACUUGCGGUAAAAGUGUGAUUAAAUUUGAUUCCGAAAAUUCGGCGUUUCAAGUUUGUUAUACAGUGACAAGACCUAUCAAUGCUUGCAUUAUUGCAGUAGACGGAAAAAAAAAAAAAAAAAAAAAUACUUCGAAUGUUUCGUUGAUCGAUAAUAACACUAUUUAAUUAGGGAUAUGUUAGAUAAAUUUUGUCAGCUGUUUCAGGCACACUGCUAUAUUUACUCUGUUCUGUGACGGCCUUCAUUAAUACACUUCAACUAAGUAUGUUUAAACGUUGAGAUAUAAUUUCAUUGCUGUAAAGAUUGAAUGCUAGCUUUGCAGGAAUUAAAGAAAAGUGUACAAUAAUUUUGCCACUGGUGUGUGGCUGAUCGUCAGUGCAAUUAAAGGAAUUGUGUGACGUUAAUAUACAUAUAGAUUGUACGUACAUACAUAAAUUACUGCACCAAAGAAGGAAGCAUAAUAAACACUUGACGGUACUCAUAUUAUCUAGGCUCUCAAACUAUUCGUGUACAAUAGUUAAUGAAUUGAAAAUCCGUGAAGGUUAAUUACCAACUUGCAAUCUUGCGUUUAAGUCAAUUUUAUACAUAAUAUUUUUAGCUCCGUGACAACUAUAACAUGUGUGCAAAUGCUUUUUAACAGAUUGAGUAUUGCGCGAUAUUGAAUGUAAUAGUCGAAUACUCGUACAUACAUACAUACACUUACGAAAUUGUAAAAUAUUACAUUAUCAUAAACAUACAUACAUAUUAAGUCUUAAAAACAUGGACGUUUUACACAGUAUACCUAUACAUACAAUAUUGAACACUGUCAUAACUAUGUAAAAUAAAUUUUCCGAAAAUUUA